AUGGUUGCCGUUAACGAAGAAGACGCGUAUCUGGCUCGCCCAGAAGGCCCCGAUGAGAAUGAGAUCUCCCUCCAAGCUAGCCAGCGACUACCACUUGCUCUUCCUUGGGGACGCGAAGUCAUCCGCCUGGGUACCACAUUUCAUUCCGACCGACAAAAUACAAUGAACCCCUGGUCCGACGAAACACCAUUUAUACUCUCCGAGCUCCACAUGAUCAAAAAGGAGCUGCACGCAGAGUACGGCACGAGCUCAACAUUCAAGAAAGUCGCGACGCAUAAAACGUGCGAAACCGGAGAUCAUCUAAGCCUUGGGUUUGGCGUCGGUGUUGGAUUGCCCUUCGUUGCCUCUGUGAAUGUCAAAGGAACAUACGACGAGCACGUACAAGAAAACAAAGAUUCGGAUAAAAUAUCUCUUACUGCGAGCUGUCGAGCCGGGACAAUUGAAUUUCAAAGCCAGCCUCGAUUAACUAUGGAGGCUAUCAGGGAGAUUAAAUACGGUGGUGGCUAUGAAGGCCUGUGUCGAAGAUAUGGGGACUAUUAUGUGUCUGGCUACAGACUCGGAGGAGACACCGGCAUCUUGAUGAGCGCGUCGGGGGGGUCGCGAACUAAGAUCGAAAAGUAUGGCAUCACAGCAACCUUGACUGUUUUCUUCGUGUCGGCGAGCAAGCAUUGGGAGAAAGAAUUUCAAUCAUUCCGGUCCGGUCGACAGGUGAGACUCCUCGGAUAUGAUACAUUGGAAAACAAGAAUUGGCGAAACUUCAGUGCAGCAGGCGACGAUGUAAAGGAGAUGGAGGCCUGGGCUUUUGGUGGCUCCGCAAUGGAUGCCGACUCACUUCGAGCUGAUACCGAUGCGAUUAUGACACGGUCCGAAAAUCUUCUUGAAAGAGUGGGUGAGGUGCUGGAAAAGCACGGGUAUCGGAAUGGUCAGAGCCUUACAUUUGCUCAGUGCGAGGGGCUUGUGCAAGAGGGAAUUGUUGUCGAACUUCUUCUGCAACCGAUGUCGAGAUUGCGAGAUGUGAUUCGGUGGAUGAAUGAAAGGGACAUUAUUUAG